GACCUGCGGUACCUUGGCGGCAGGAGAGGCGGUGAUGGAUGCAGUCGCUAUUGAACCCAGCGGCUUUUGGGGGAUGAAGAAUCCACGAGAAGGAAGCAGCAGAGCUGCGUGAUUUUAGGGAGACCUUGCCGUGCCCCCCCCAUUCCUGAGUGCAGGUCGCUUCUGGACUGCGUGCGGGCCCCAUGGAGAGGCACUGGCCCGUCUGCAGGCUGCAAGCGGCGGCCACCCGACCUCGCCAACGCGGGGACUGAAGAGGCGCAAAGCGGAGCGGAGCUGCGAACAAAAGCCCCGGAGGACGCGCGAAACCCACCCCAAAGGCAGAGCCAGGCGCAACCAUGGUGGACCCCGUCCCUCGAGGAGAGGAGACUGCAGGAGCGGAGUCCGGCGGCUCGGGCGGGGAUGGCACGGCCGCCACGGUCCCCUCCGACUCCCAGGGAGCUCAGCAGCCCGCCACCCCUUCUGCUUCUGCCUCGGCGGGUCCCCGUAAGGCCGAGGUCCCGUGUGCAGCCGAAGGCGGGCGUCGGGAAGAAUCCCCAAUGUUGCAUCUGGACCUCUUCAACUUCGACUGUCCGGAAGCCGAGGGCAGCCGCUACGUGCUCACCAGCCCUCGAUCCCUCGAGGCCUGCGCCCGCUGCGCCGUCAAGCCGGUGGAGCUGCUCCCCCGAGCCCUAGCCGAGCUGGUGCGCGAGGCCCCGGGCCGCUCCAUGCGCGUGGCCACCGGCCUGUACGAAGCCUACGAGGCGGAGCGGCGUGCCAAGCUGCAGCAGUGCCGGGCCGAGCGGGAGCGCAUCGUGCGCGAGGAGAAGCGGCGCCUGUUCACGCCUUUGGGGCCCACGACGGUCGCCCCGAGCUCGGGGGGCACCGGAGGCGGCGGCAGCAGCAGCAGUUGCAGCAGCAGCACCAGCUUGCCCGCCUCGCCCGGCCCGCGCGCUCCACGCGCCGUGCGUAAAUCUUCCUCCAACCCGUCCCCGGCGCCUCCGCCUGGCAGAGGGUCCAGAAAGAGCCACUCGCUGGACUCGCUGUCCCGCCGGCGGGAAGGCACCGUGAGCUCCGAAUCGGCCACGUCGGGCGCGUCCUCUUCGUCCUACAGCGGGGAGAGCCUCCGAGGCGGCGGGAUGCGCUGGUCAUCGCGCGCCCGCGUCAGGCACAGUUACCCGGCGGCUGGAAGUGGCCUCUCCAUGCCCACCGCCACCGCCACCGCCACCAAUGCCACUCGUCCAUCUGCGCUGGCGUUGGCCCCCAUCAGCGGCCGCAGCUUCAGCCUGGGCGACCUGAGCCACUCUCCCCAGACGGCGCGCCACGUGGAACGCCUGGUGCGCGAGGUGCGCGCGGAACGGGGCGUCCGCGGGGUGCCCGAGCGGGACCGCAAGAUCGCGGCGCUGAUGCUGGCGAGGCACCAGGAGGAGCGGCUGCUGCUGGAGCGGCGCGCCGUGGCGCACGACCAGUGGGAGCUGCAGCGCGCGCGCGCCGUGGAACGGCGGGAGCUGGCGGAGCGCGAGAAGCAGCGCGCCCUGGAGCGGGGCCGGCGGGCCUGGGCGGCACAGGUGGAGGAGCAGCGGGGCCGGCGGGGUCGGGAGGAACGCGAGGCGUCGCGGCGGCGCCAGCGGCAGGUGGAACGCAGCGUGGAGAGGCACCGGGAGCUGAGCGCGCGCCAGGAGAGGCUGCGGCGCGAGCGGGCGGAGCGCGCGGCGCUGGAGGACCGACAGCGCAAGCUGCAGCAGGAGCAGAAUCUGCAGCAACGGGAGCAGGGCCUGCGGGAAAGCCGGGCCCGGGUGGAGCACGCCCGGCUGGAGCGCUCGGAGCGCGUGGCCCGUGCCAAGCAGCGGCAGGAGGGCCAGGCGCAACGGGACAAGCGGGAGCUGAGCCGAGCGGAGCGCGCGCGCCACGAAGCGCUGCUGCAAGGCCGGGCGAAGCAGGAGCGCGAGGACCGGGAGGGUCUCCGCAGCUCCCUGGAGGCCAGCCUGGGCCGCGCGCAGGAGAACUACGAGCACUUGCAGGAACAGCGCGCCCAGGAGCUGCGGGAACGGGCCCGGAGGGAAGAACUGCAAAGCCGGCGUGCCAAGGAGACGGCGGAGCGCAAAGAUCGGGAGCAGAGGGAGCGCUUGGAAGCGUUGGCCCGAGUCGGGGAGCAGCGGCUGCAGCAUGCCACGCAGGCGGCCGAAGAGGCGGUGCAGCAGAAGGCGCGGCGGGUGGGGCAGAACCGCCUGGAGAAGGAGCGCACCCAGCGCGCCAACAAGGAGAAGGUGGACCGGGACGAAGACUGCCGCCGCCGGGAGCUGCUGCGAGCCAUCGGGCGCAAACUGGAGCGCAGCGAGCAGUUGUCCCGCGAGCGGCGGAGCGCGCUGGAGAGCGCGCGCUCCACGGCCCGGGCUUCCUUCCACGUGCGAGAGAAGGUUCGAGAAGAGACCAACACGCGCUCCUUCGAUCGCAUGGUGCGCGAGGCCCAGCUGCACGCCAGUUUGGAUCGCAAAUGAAACUUCCUAUCCAGCCCAGCCUUAACGCCAGCGUCAGCCAGACUCGCCAAGCUCAGCCCCAGGUGACACCCGGGGGGUCAAUUUGGCAAUCCUUGGGUACCAAGUGGUGACGCAGACCUCAUGGUCAAGCCUGACUGCCUGCUGAACUUUGAGGCCCACCAGGGCGGAUUUGAGACACUCGUUACUCCAAGGCCUUCGUUUUUACGCAGUGACUUCAUUUGGAGACAAACGGACUAGCACAAUCUUUGACCACGUCUACUAUCCCAUCCUCUGCUCCUCUGGUACCCAGCUGCGGGUC